AUGGCCGAGACAGACCCCGGCGAGCGGCGGGCGCCACCCCCCAACCCGGGCACCGAGCCGGACACCGAGCCGGACACCGGGCCAUGCACCGAGCCGGACACCGGGCCAUGCACCGAGCCGGACACCGGGCCAUGCACCGAGCGGGACACUGCGGAGGGGCCACAGAAGCCUCCCUACUCGUACGUGGCGCUGAUCACCAUGGCCAUCCGAGCCAGCCCCGAGCAGCGGCUGCCCCUGAGCGGCAUCUACGCCUACAUCGCGGAGCGCUUCCCCUUCUACCGCGGCCCCGGCCGCCGCUGGCAGAACAGCAUCCGCCACAACCUCAGCCUCAAUCCCUGCUUCCUACGGCUGCCCCGGGGCCGCGGCCGCGGCGGUGACUGGGCGCUGGAUCCGGCUUUCCAGGACAUGUUCCCGGGGGGGAAUUACUGCCGCCGCCGCCGCCGCCGCCGCCACUGCUCCGCGCUGGUGCUGCCCGCCCGGGCCCCGCCCGUGCCCCCGGGGCCGCCGCUGCCGCUCCCCGCCUGGGCGCUGCGCCCCGACGAGCUGGACACGGGGAGCUGCCGGCUGCCGCCAGGCUGUGCCCCACCUUCAGAUGAGUGCCCGGCUCCGGGCGAGGCUCGGGGCGCUGCUGCAUCGCCGCUGGGCUCCUGA